GGACGAGACGCGACUGUGGCUUUCUGGAAGGACGAGGGGAGGAGAAAGCUGGAUUUGUUGCUGUUCUGCUUCUUUUUCUGCGGAUUUGUGAGAAUGUGAUGGGCGGCGAGGUCAGUAGAAGCAGUAAGAGAGAAGGACCAGUUGCUCAGCGUCGUUUCAGUCAUGGGUUCCUCUCCAACGUGGGCGUCUCCAUCGCUCACAGACUCGGACACUCGGCUGUGUUUUCUCGGCCUGUUGAAGUCAACGACAAACCGUCCGACUCCAAACUCCUGCUGCCUCUGGAGGACGCCGCUGAAACGUCAGAACCAAAGACGACCCCUCCAGCUUUCAUCUCUCUAUUUCUGCCUGAGUUCCCACUUCGUAAAUUCCCAGCACAAGACCAUUUCCAGAUCCUGGGGUUCGUAGCUAAAGGCUCAUUUGGACCAAUCCUGAAAGUUAAAGAUGUUUGUAAAGAGAAGAUCUACGCAGUCAAGGUUCUACCAAAGUCGGAGAUCUUGAAGCAGGGAGUGCUGGAGCAGUCGAAGGAGGAGGUCAUCAUCCAGCGGCACCUCAAACACCCAUUUAUCCACAAUCUGCAGGACUGCUGGCAGACGCAGCGCCAUCUCUUCAUUAUGUGCGACUACUGCAGCACUGGAGACUUGUACACCUGUUGGCUGCUGAAGGGUCGGUUUGUAGAGGAUGAAGUUCGGCUGUUUGCGGCGGAGAUGGGCAGUGCACUCGGAUUCUUACAUGACCUAGGAAUCAUGCAUAGAGAUAUAAAGAUGGAAAACAUUCUUCUAAGUGAUCAAGGUCACCUUCUUUUGUCUGAUUUUGGACUCUCACGCCGCCUGAAGCGAGGAGGACGAGCGUUCACGAUAUGUGGGACGAUCCAAUACAUGGCUCCUGAAGUUUUAAGUGGUGGUCCAUACAGCCACGCUGCUGACUGGUGGUCUCUUGGUGUUAUGUUGUUCUCUCUAGUAACAGGAGAGUUUCCGUUACUUGCAGAGCAGAACCACGGCAGCAUGUUGGAGAAGGUCAGAGAUUUUCCUUAUUUCCUGCCGAAGACCUUCAGCUCAGCUCUGAACUUGCUGCUUACUGAGCUUUUGUGCAAGAAUCCGCUGAACCGCCUUCGUAAUCUGGAGUGUUUCCAGAUGCAACCCUUCUUCCGAGGCUCAUCGUUCGACUCUUACAUCCUCCGGAAGACGCCGGUCAACUUCAUCCUGGAGCUCCGGACUCAUCCUGACUGGGAGGCCAAGUCAGCGAGAGGCCUUUCAGUUGACAGCUUUGACAACUUUGACUGCGAUCAAAUCCUUCACUCGCCCACGACUCCCUCUGAACUGUCUCCGACUUUAACCAACGUGGGCCUGAGCUCAGCUGCACAGACAUGUGAAGCUUAAGACUGAACUGUACUUAAAUACAAACUGACUGGAAAUAAGAAGCUCUACAGAUGAUAUUAUAUUUUAUUUAUGUUACCUCUUAGUGUCUAAAAGUUGCCUUUUCCCAAAAAUUAUUAACAGAUUUGUUCUGUUUAUUGCUGCUAGUUUGUAAUAAAUCAGUGUUGUUGGAAUUCAGUAUAUUCCUUCAUAUAUCCAUAAAUGCUCCACCUUAUGAUGCACAGUAAAGUCUAACUGUAUUUAACUGACUUGUCUUUGUAUAACUUGUGUUUGAUGGUGAUAUUAUUUGGUCUGUAGAAUGAGUUGCUUAGUGGUGUGUUUGAUGUUUACUUCAUCAUGCAGUGAUAUAACUCUGGGAUAAUUCUGUGCAUCUUCAUUGUGGCAGUCGCUGAGACUUAGUGUCCAUAAUUGUGAAUUGUUUUGCUUUUUUUUAAAAUGUUAAAUGUCAUGUAAAUAAAUGUCUUGGUAUAUAAAUUGUCAAACAUAGCUGACUUGUGUUCUUUUUCUGCAGGAAUUGUUGGUUUUCUGUUCUGACAACAGAGAUUUGUCUCUAAUAAUGUUAUUUUUUCUUUUUUGGUUUAGAAAAAAAAUAAAAUUAAAAGCAGCAGAAUUUCAUCUGUAGAAGAAAAAUAAGUCAUUGGUUUCACAUUUUAUUGUUAUGUUUCUUACAAUAUUUUUCUAUUGUUACUUAUUUAGAAAUAGAAACUAAGAAAAUUCAAUUAACUGAAAUAUAUUUGGUUUAAAAAUAUAUUUAAAACAUUACAGUUUUAAAAAUCCAAUUAUUAUGACAUGAAUUAUUUAAAAUGAUAUUACAGCUACAAA